AUGGCUUCCACACAGACUCUCCAGUCGAAAUACAAACUCCGCUCAGGUCAUGAGAUUCCGAUAUUGGGGUUCGGGCCCUCCUUCUUCGACAGAAAAGGUGGUCUCGGAAGCGUUGAAGAAUGGAUUUCGUCAUGUACAUCGCAUCUACUUGCCCAAUGUUUCGCUUGUGGCCGUGCUAUCCGAAGCUCCGGCAUUGAUCGCUCCGAGAUCUUCUUUACCACCAAGAUCCCUCCCGAGUCGAUGGGAUACGGCGACACCAAGCGCGCUGUGGAAUCGAGCUUGCGCGAGGCUGGACUCGACUACUUUGAUCUCAUCCUUAUUCACGCACCUUACGGCGGCAAAGAAGCCCGUCUUGGAUCCUGGCGGGCGUUAGUCGAGGCGCAACAGGCCGGCAAAGUCCGAUCAAUCGGAGUGUCCAACUACGGCAUCCAUCACCUAGAAGAACUGGAAGACUACAUCCAGAACGGCGGCGGCGGCGAGAUCUCCGUUGGCCAGUACGAGCUUCAUCCCUGGCUGGAUCACUCCGACAUCGCCGAGUGGUGCCAAAGUCGAGGGAUUGUCGUUGAAGCCUAUUCUCCUUUGGCGCAUGGUACACGAUUCCGCGAGCCAGUCCUGUCCCAAAUCGGCGAGAAGUACGGCAAAUCACCUGCACAGGUCUUGAUCCGAUGGAGCUUGCAAAUGGGAUUCGUGCCACUGCCCAAGUCUGCCAAGACACAGCGCAUUCCACAGAAUGCGAAUGUCUUUGACUUUGAACUAUCGCAGGAGGAUAUGGGACUGCUGGAUACUGGCGAGUAUAGUCCUACUGAUUGGGACCCGACAGUGGACGAGGACUAA